GCAGCAGCUGUCCUUGCCUCCCAGCUGCAGCACCGACCCACCGACCCUGCAGCUGCGGCCCGGCGUAGCGCUCCAGAAACUCAGGCUCAUAAGCGGCUGAGCACAAAUCCUUGAUCUGCGGCUUCCACAAACACACCCACAGCUAAAAUGGCGGAAGACGCUGAUAUGCGCAAUGAGUUGGAAGAAAUGCAGCGGCGUGCCGACCAGCUUGCUGAUGAAUCCCUUGAGAGCACCCGUCGAAUGCUGCAGCUUGUUGAAGAGAGUAAAGAUGCUGGUAUCAGGACUUUGGUUAUGUUGGAUGAGCAAGGAGAACAACUGGAACGCAUCGAAGAGGGAAUGGACCAAAUCAAUAAGGACAUGAAAGAAGCAGAAAAGAAUUUGACGGACCUAGGAAAAUUCUGUGGUCUUUGUGUCUGUCCAUGUAACAAGCUUAAAUCAAGUGAUGCUUACAAAAAAGCCUGGGGCAAUAAUCAGGAUGGUGUUGUAGCCAGCCAGCCAGCACGUGUCGUAGAUGAACGGGAGCAGAUGGCCAUCAGUGGUGGCUUUAUCCGCAGGGUAACAAACGAUGCCCGGGAAAAUGAAAUGGAUGAGAACCUUGAGCAGGUCAGUGGCAUCAUUGGCAACUUACGUCACAUGGCCUUGGACAUGGGCAAUGAGAUCGACACACAGAAUCGCCAGAUUGACAGGAUCAUGGAGAAGGCUGAUUCCAACAAAACCAGGAUUGAUGAAGCCAACCAGCGUGCAACAAAGAUGCUGGGCAGUGGUUAAAUGCAGUGAAGUGUAUUUCCUUUUAACGCUGUCCAACAGGGCAGUACCUUCAUGCUUUUAUCAUGGUAUUUACCUACUAGGUUUGCACACAUGCACAUAUCAGCCCCAUUGUAAAUGUUGUCCUGUGUACCUUGUCAGCUUUCCAAAAAUGAUACUUGUAAUUAUUUUUUUCUAGAUAUCUUUCUUUCCAAAGGUUGUACAUAGUGCUGAUUUGAUGGCUAUAGCUCACUAUGACCUUUUUUGGGAUUUUUCCUUUCCUUGUUUAUGUUCUGGAGUCCUUUCCUUUUUUCCUUCUCAUUUUUUUAAUGAUGUUUGCUGAAUGACAACACUGUUGG